AUGUGGGAGGACCUUGAGUUUGAUGCGGAAAAGAUCCCAACCUACAAGCUGAUCUUCCACGGCCUUCAGAUCCUCUUCGGCUUUGUGUCAUGGGCCCUUGCAAUUGCCGUUUUCCGGGACGACAAGUCCAGGAUCGUGGGUAACAAUGGCUGGACCUUCGGAGUGUUCUUGCUCUCGGUUCCCGCUUGGAUUUACCUGAUCAUGUCCCCACGUUUCCCACGGACGCGCAAGCUCGCCGAGCCACAUGCCAUGGUUGUGGUAGACGCUGUCUUUACCGUCGUGUGGCUUUCCGCCUUUGCUACCCAGGCAUCAUACAACACCGCUAAUCUCUGCGGCAACGCCUGCAACCUGAGCAAGGCCAUCGUCGGGUUGGCCGUGUUUGUCUUCCUGUUCUUCUGCGCCACCACCUUCCUUAGCAUCUGGACCCUCAAAUACUACCAGUGGAAUAACCGCCUGCCCGGCUACGACCGCGCCCAGAUCGGCAGCCAAAACAUCGACCCGGACAAGGCCGCCUUCUCACUCGCCCCGCACGACGAAGAAUCCUACGCUCCCGUCAACAUCAACGAUCACGACCAUGACCACGAUAACGAUCACCACGACGACACCUCCCACUACGGCGGCGGCCGGUCCGACUACUCCGACCCGUACGGCGGCUCGGGACUUAAUCCGGCCGCCAGCCAGGUCGGGGGCCCUGCCGGCGGCAGCACGGUCGGCAGCAGCUACCAGGACAACCCGUUCCGGCAACCGCAGCUUGGGUCUGGGCUGGGCGGGGACCCGUUCGAUAACCAUGAGACUGAAUACCACUCGGGUAGCAUGUCGUCGGUGGGGCGGUACGCGACGCCUUCGGCGGCGGAUGGUUUUGAGGAUGCGAGGUUCCCGCAUGCGGAUUAUGACCGGAUUGGGAGACAAUGA